ACUCUGUUUCUUUCCCUCGUACUUCUUCUUCUUCUUCAUCUUCAUCUUCAUCUUCUUCUUCUUCCAUUCUUUCUCUGCUUUUUCACGCAACUUCCAAUCUUUUCAUUUCAACUUCCAACAUUCGUGAUUGCACCCUUGCAACGCAACAAAUCAUUCUGUUCAGUUACCUACAAGAGAACAUACUGUCUAACUAAAAGGCCAAAAUGGACUUAGAUCGUAAGGAGGAGAUUGAGCCCCAGAAUAAAAACUGGAAAUCUUCAAGUGAUGUCAUUGCAGAUUCUGAUAGAAAUGUUUGUGGUGGCUUUGAGUGCAACAUCUGUCUAGAGUGUGUUCGAGAGCCAGUAGUCACACUUUGUGGUCAUCUUUAUUGUUGGCCCUGCAUAUAUAAAUGGCUUCAUUUUCAAAGAAUCACUUUAGAAAAUGAACAAGAAGAGAAGCGACAAUGUCCGGUAUGCAAAUCGGAAGUUUCUCAAUCCUCUCUAGUUCCAUUAUAUGGCCGUGGCCCAAGCACAACAUCUUCCGGAGGAAAGACUCAUAAAGUAGGAAUGGUCAUACCACAAAGACCUAAGGGCCCCAGAUUACAUAAUACUACAUCUGUUUAUUAUCAUCCCAAUAAUCCUUAUCAUCAUUCUCAACAAUUUAAUUCAAUUUCAAAUGGUUAUACUUCACCAAUACUUAGCACAGGUGGUUCACUAAAUAAUACAUUUGGAAUAUUUAGUGGAAUGAUAUAUGCAAGGGUUUUUGGUAAUCAGAUGUCAAACAUAUACACAUAUCCUAAUUCAUACAGUCUUUCAGAGGCCAAUAACCCAAGGACCAGGAGGCAUUUAAUGCAAAUUGAUAAAUCACUCAGCAGAAUAAGUUUUUUCCUCCUAUGCAGCCUAGUUUUAUGUCUUCUCUUAUUCUGAGUGCUCUUUUUUAUUUUCAUCUGUACCUACAGUACACCUUUGUAUGCAAAGUAAUGCUGAGAUGUGUGAGUAAUUGUAAUUACAAGUCUCUGUCUGAGCUAUAUGAAAAUAGAUAGUUGCAUAACUUUACUUGG